AUGGACGCCCCUCAGCUCCACGAUGAGGCCGCCCGCGAUAACAAGCGAGCAGCGACAGAGUUCCUCGACCCAGUCGAUCCACGAGCCAGAAGUUACCGCGCUGACAUAGCUGUGAUGAUAAAUCGAGGGCUUCGUCGAUUUACGAUUAGUAUUGACGAAAUUCGUGCACAUAGCCCGGAAUUAGCGAAAGGCCUCCUUACCUCUCCCUUCGCCUAUUGCCAGGCAUUCGAUCAAGCAUUACGAGAAAUCGUCACGACCAUCGCCAGCAAACCGAGUAGAACCGAAUCAGACGAGACUGAAUAUUACUGUGCAUACGUUGGCGCGUUUGGUGAAAAUGCCUGCAACCCUCGAACGCUCAGUUCAUCGCAUCUAAAUCGGAUGAUUGCGCUUGAGGGUAUCGUGACAAAGUGCUCGUUAGUCCGACCAAAAGUUAUUAGAAGUGUUCAUUACAACCCAAAAGAGAAGUCAUUUCUGGCGAGAACAUAUCAAGACCAAACUAUGACGGCCAGCGGAUCUGCCAGUUUAAAUGUAUAUCCGCAGCAAGAUGAACAUGGAAACCCGCUGGUAACUGAGUAUGGAUAUUGCAAGUACCGCGAUCAUCAAAUGAUAUCCAUCCAAGAAAUGCCAGAGAGAGCACCUGCUGGCCAGCUUCCCCGUGGUGUUGAUGUCAUUCUUGAUGACGACUUGGUUGACAAAGCUAAGCCUGGAGACAGGAUACAGCUUGUUGGAAUUUACCGAUCGUUGGGAAAUCGGAAUGCGAGCUCAGGCAGCGCAACGUUCCGCACAGUUGUUCUCGCGAAUAACAUCAUCCAUCUUGCCUCUAAGUCUGGUGGAGGUAUCGUUCAAGCCACAAUAACCGACACGGAUGUUCGAAACAUUAACAAAUUGGCGAAGAAGAAGAAUAUAUUUGAUCUGCUCUCCCAAUCUCUUGCGCCGAGUAUUUACGGCCACGACUACAUUAAGAGAGCUAUAUUACUUAUGCUCCUCGGCGGCAUGGAAAAGAAUCUCGACAACGGAACCCAUCUACGUGGAGAUAUAAAUAUAUUAAUGGUUGGUGAUCCCUCUACCGCCAAAUCCCAGCUUCUACGAUUCGUCCUCAAUACUGCUCCGUUAGCCAUUGCUACCACUGGUCGAGGUUCGUCUGGUGUCGGUCUUACAGCGGCAGUGACAACAGAUAAGGAGACAGGAGAGCGUAGGCUCGAAGCCGGUGCUAUGGUCCUGGGUGAUAGAGGGGUGGUGUGUAUCGAUGAGUUUGACAAGAUGAGUGAUGUCGACCGAGUGGCAAUCCACGAAGUUAUGGAACAGCAGACGGUCACAAUUGCAAAGGCAGGUAUCCACACCUCUCUAAAUGCUAGAUGCAGUGUUAUCGCAGCCGCCAAUCCGAUCUUUGGGCAGUAUGAUACACAUAAGGACCCGCAUAAAAACAUUGCCCUGCCCGACUCCCUUUUGUCCCGUUUCGAUCUUCUCUUUGUGGUGACGGAUGAUAUCGAUGAUACCAGGGACAGACUUGUUUCCGAGCACGUACUGAGAAUGCACCAGUACCGUGAUCCAAGGCAGGAAGAAGGGGCUCCAGUGCGCGAACAGGUUGGUUCCAGUCUUGGAGUCGGCCUAGAAGAAAGCCAGGACUCGAAUAGGACCACUGAAGUAUACGAGAAAUUCAAUGUGAUGCUUCAUGCUGGUAUUUCCCAAACAGGGAGACGGGGCGGGAAGAAGGUGGAAGUGCUCAGCUUGCCGUUUGUCAAGAAGUAUAUUCAAUACGCCAAAUCUCGAAUUAAGCCAAUCCUGAGCAAAGGCGCAGCCGACCAUAUUGUGAGCACAUAUUCCGCCCUUCGAAACGAUGAGCUGCUUGGAAACCAGAGGAAAACUUCUCCCAUGACUGCACGUACUCUUGAGACCUUGAUCCGUCUUUCCACGGCACACGCAAAAGCACGUCUUUCCAACAGAGUAGACGAGAAGGACGCAAAGGCUGCCGAGGCCAUUCUCCGAUUCGCCCUGUUCAAAGAAGUGGUUGAGGAUGAAAGACGCAAACGACGCAAAACCGCCAACAUACCAGAGUCAGACUCAGAUUCAGAGGAUUCCGAUAACGAUGAUGCAGGCACAUAUACACCACGUAGGGGAACAACGCAGCCAGCAACCGGAACUAGAUCCAGUGCCAGAUCCGGCCUCAGGGUCUCAAGAGCCACGCCUACGCCAGCAAGUAAUGGUGGCGCAAACGAUGACGAUGACGAUAAUGAUCCAGAUGGAAUAUACAAUGCCUCCCCUGAGAGCAGACAGCGGUUCUCAUCUUCAAGACAAACUCGAAGCCAACAGACGCAGUCCCAAUCGCGAAUGUCCGUGGCCUCGUCGCAACCGGCGUCGCAACUUCUCCAAUCUCAGGAAACCGACAGUACCGAUUCUCAAGCUGAUACACUUGGAAACGCACUUGCGGCAUCUGCUUCCCUCCCUGAGCUCCCCCCAGCUCGCCUAAGAACUUUCAAACAGGCCCUUGGUCCGCUCAUGAGGUCCGACUUGUUCCAGGGAGACUCUGCCAAUGUGGAGCGGGUAGUUUCUGCAGUGAACUCGUCUAUACGGUCCUCUAGUUCGAACGACGAUGAUGUGUUUUCCUUGGCUGAAGCGCUUCAGGCGUUGGCCGUGAUGAAUGAACGGAAUGAUAUUAUGUAUCUUGGUGAUGAUACCGUUUACCGGAUGUAA